GACCUUGAGAAGGAAGACUACACUAGUACGUACUAACUGUACGAAUAAGAUUUUCGUAUUGCUAUAGCAACAACCACAAAAACAUAACCUGUACGUAAAAGAAAACACGUUAUUAUUGUGCAGUUUGUAUGUACUCGGAAUAAUUGGGUCAAAAUCAAUGGCAAAACAAAAUUUAGAAGAAAACGUAAGAGAUGUAGCAUUACGUCUUUGUUUGGAAGAAGAAGAACAGCGUAAAAACGACCCUAACGAAACACGUGAACGGUCUAUCAUUAUCGUUGGCAGAAAGGGCGUUGGUAAAACGACGAUGAUAUUUCGAUUUCUCGAGAAAGAUGAAACGCCAAAGCCAACUAUUGCGAUGGAUUACUCUUUUGGACGUAAAGCCGGGAAGAGUUUAGUGAAAAAUAUCGCGCACGUAUGGGACAUAGGACAUUUAACUUCAUCGUUAAUAUCAGCUGCAAUGAUAGGUUCAUCUGUGACUCAUUCUCCUCAUCACGUCACAGUAUUAAUGAUGCUCGAUCUAUCGCAACCGGAGAUUUUAUGGUCGUCGUUCGAAGAAACUCUUUCGGUGAUUCGUAAUGCUAUGAAAAUGAGUUAUGACGAUAAAACGAUUCAAGAACUUAAACAGCGACGAAUUAAAGAACGAAGAAAAGCUCUAGAAAGCGAAGUUGAUCCGUUCCCGCUGAAACUUCGCAUUGUGGGGGGAAAAUAUGACCAAUUUAAGGAUUUAAGCCUGGAUAAGAGAGAAUUAAUUGGAAAAACUUUAAGAGCUGUAGCUCACAUCUUGGGAGCAAGUCUUUAUUAUCAUUCGUCAAAGGACAAGACUCUCGUACGAAAAACUAAAGACUUACUAUCGCAUGACGGAUUCGGCACUCAAUUCUCCGACGCAAAAUGCACAGAUUACGAAAAACCAUUAGCGGUACCGGCUGGAGCAGAUUCGUUCUCAUCAAUCGAUUUACAACUUCCUCGGACGAGACCUUCAGCAAUUUUAGAUACGAUCAAACAGAUUUAUAUUACUCGAAUACCGCAAAUGUCGAAGAGCAACGAUAUUACCUUGGAGGAUCCUAGCAACGAUCCCAACUUUAACGAGCCAAUCAUCGACAGAUUACGCGCUCAGAGGGAAGAAGUACGUUGCUCGGUAGCUUUAUUUAUAUUUUCCAAGGAAAAAAGAGGUCGGUCGUUCAGACUUUAUAUGUAGAUCUGAGAUUCGCAUCAAAAUUUAUCGAAUCACUGAUCCAAGUAUCGAGUUAUCGAGGUCGUCGUCAAGUCUUAAGCAAAAAUGACUACCUACGAAGUCUUAUACGAUUUUACUAAUUUACCAUUUCCUUAUUCUAUGGAAUAGGUUAAAAGUUAAAAGAGUCGUACAUAUUUCUAAACGUUUACAUCCCUUAUCCACAAAUAUUAUCUAAAGUAGUGCUUUCUAAAAUAAACAAAUCUG